CUACAAAAUAUUUACAUAUUUUCUAGUUUUCCUAUUCAUUGUUUAAAUUAAAAUUUAUAUUUAAAUAAAUCUAGAAAUGGUUACACCGUCAGACACUAUAACAAUGGAUACACAAGGAAGUAAUGUCGGGCUGCAGGAUUUGAAGUUGCGUCAAAUAAAUUGCGAACUCAAUCCUUUGACUCGUUCUGACGGUUCUGCUUUGUUCACGCAAGGAGGAACCUGUGUACUUACUUCGAUGCUUGGUCCAGUUGAAGUAAAAUCUCAGAACCUUAACAUAGAAAAGGCGCAUGUUGAGUGUAUCUACCGGCCAAAAGCAGGCAUUCCAACAAUAGAGGAUAAGUUGACGGAGACCGUUAUACGUGAUACAUGUGAGUCAGCUUUACUAACUAUGCUUCAUCCACGGACAACUAUUUCUAUACAAAUACAGGAAUUGGAUGAUCGAUGUGGUAUUGAAGCUUGUGCAAUUAAUGGUGCUUGCUUGGCGUUGCUGAUUGGUGGUGUGCCGAUGAAAUUCACUAUCGCUGCGGUACAUUGCAUAGUAGACAAAGACGACAAGGUGGUACUGGAUCCUGACCAUUGUGAAGCGAUAGGAAAGCGAGCUAGUUUUGUAUUUGUUUUCGAUAGUUUGGAUAGGAAUUUAGUAACAGUUCACACACGUGGACGUUUUCGUAUGGGUCAAUUUAAUGAUGCAGAAUGCAUGAGUCGUGCAGCAAGUCAGAUAAUAUUUAAUUUUUACCGGCGAAUCAUUUCGAAUUUCCAUAACAAAUCAUUGUUGACCGCUGAUAGUAAGGCACGCAAUACAGAAGCGGAGUCGGUAGUGAAAUCAGAACAAAUGGAUAUAUAGGAAAACUAAAUCACAAAUAAAAAAGGUAAAUUUAAAACAUAUCAA